AUCGAGUGCUCUUAUUUGAUAACAUAACGCAUCCCAAAAACGAGUGUACAACCGAUGUUUGCUCAUAGCUUCUAGAGCUCUUGUUUGUCCCUUCACAGCCGCCAUAGAAGAAAAACAAACAUGGCAGCCUCCUUGUUGUCUCAAGCCAUGAAAAGAUGUUCAGCACACACCUGUGCAGCCGUUGCUGUCAGGAGGGCUUUGAGUUCAGGUGCUGCCACUCCAUCUGUCUUCACCAGGUUCUUAUUAAAACUCAAUCACUACUUCUAUGAUGUGGAGAACAUUUUGGAUUGGAACGACUGGUUGAGGUCACAAGCGGUCAUACGCAAAAACAGGUUAUUUGGUUAUGCACAGAAGAAUUUUGGGAAGAAUGUUGCAGCAGCCUAUUAUAUUCUGACUCUCAGAGGGAGCUUCAGAUUUGCUGGCCAGUCCGAAUGGUUUCGUCCAGACUCUAGAGGAAGAUUCAGCUAUGACUUCAUGAACACACCUGAUGCACAAAUUGAGGAAGUGGAUCUGAGUGCCACUCUAAUAAACCAUAAUGGACUUGAAAACCUUGUGAAGCAGAAUAAACUUCAGACUCUCUCUCUGCGAGGAUGUCCUGAAGUGGAUGACUGGCUCCUUGCACGUCUCCAUGUCUUUGGAGAAAGUCUGGUGGAGUUAGACCUGUCCCACUGCUCUCGUAUCACUGUGGGAGGCCUCGCUGCAUUACAGAACCUCAGAAAACUAGAGCGGCUGGACAUUUCCGGACUUCCACGGCUGCAGAAUCCAGGCCUGGUACGGAUUCUACUGGAGGAAAUGCUGCCGCACUGCCAGGUCUCUGGAGCGGAAUACGAGCAGGGCCUGAUCCAGCCAGACAGCCAAGAGCAAACAGAGGACCAUCACCAAGCUUCCACACACACUGGACUUAGACAUCUAUAAACUAUAGGGCUGAUGACAGUGGAGAUUCUAUAUUAUUGUUCAUUGCAGUGCCCAAACAUGUUAUUCUAAUAAAGUGCUGUGCUCAUG